AUGGCGCCUUCAUUUGCCAGUCUCUGGGCGCAGAUGUUCCCUGGAGCACCAACCUUUACAGAAAAAGACGCACCUAAUCUGGGAGGCAAGGUCUACAUAGUGACCGGCUCGACGUCAGGAAUGGGGUUAGAGCUUGCCCGAAUGCUCUACUCGAAAGAUGCUAAAGUCUACAUAGCUGCCCGGGAAGAGGGAAACGCUAUUGCGAACAUCCAGAAAGCUGAGCCCACAUCUAAGGGAGAGCUGGUAUUUUUGCAUCUGGACCUUGCCGAUCUAAACUCGGUCAAGGCAUCAGCAGAGCGCUUUCUUUCGGCCGAAACAAAGCUCCACGUGCUCUUUAACAACGCUGGCUACAUGGCUGCAGACGACAAGAAGAUGGAAACCACAGCACAGGGCUACGAGAAGCAGCUCGGCGUAAUGUGCUUAGGCCCUUUCCUUUUCACCAAGCUACUCACGCCAACGCUCCGGGCUACGGCAGCAGACAAAAGCUCGCAUACAAACGAAGUCCGAGUCGUCUUUGUGUCUUCCCUAGCAGCGGAGUUCUACUACGAGGAAAACAAGGGUCUUGACCUCGAGAACCUGAACUACCACCGCCCCAAGUUAAGCAUCGAGCGGUAUGGUCUUGCUAAAGUGGGCGUAUGGGCGUACGGUGUUGAAUUCUCGAGGAGGUUCAGUGGUGUUCUGGGCGUGCCUCUCAACCCUGGAAACUUGCGGACGGAUCUGUUUAACCAGCAGGGCUUCCUGUUUAGGCUUCAGGUUCUUCUUUUACACUAUCACCCCAUCAAGGGCGCAUAUACCCAACUAUUUGCUGGCCUUUCCCCCGAGGUCACGAAACCUGGAAGCUAUAUCCUCCCCUGGGGGCGCGUUGGGCCAAUUUGUGAGGACUUGCAGAGGGCAGCCAAGCCGGAGAGCGAGGGUGGUGUCGACUUGACGUGGAAGUUUUGGGAUUGGAGCGAAAAGCAGGUCGAGAAGUUUGUCUGA